AUCCACCACACCACACAUGCUUCUCCGGCGCGCAGUGGGCGUGCACACUCCGCAAUGUAGGAGACUCAGCACCGCACGUGGCCCCCGCUCCGUGCCCGUGCUCCCGAACGCCAACAUCGACACCUUCCGGCAACAGGCCUUGGACCGCGCAACACCCGUGCAGCUACUACCCAACACCUUCGCCCACUUACCCGCAAUUCAGCAUUGGUUCGUCCAUCAACCAGGAACAGGAACAGGCGCACUCCUCAACCAUGCCUACCUAAGCCGCUACGGCUCCACCAUCGUGCCCCUCGAGUUCUCCAACGACGCCAACUUCUCCCGCAUGCACCAUUCCCUCAGCUUCUUCCUCGAUGCUGCCUCCUCCGCCUUGACCAAACCCACUGCUCGCGUUUAUCUGGCGCAGGCACCUAUCGCGGAUCUACCUCAGGGCUUAAAGGAUGAUGUACCUACUCCGGAUUUGGUGCUGAAAGCUGGUAAAGGCGAUGUCUACGAUUCGUCCAUCUGGCUGGGCGAGGCGCCUACUUACACGCCCUUGCACCGCGAUCCCAAUCCGAAUCUGUUUGUGCAGCUGGCUGGGCGGAAAGUCGUGAGACUAUUUCCACCCCAUGCGGGCCAGGCCAUUUUCGCCAAAGUCCAGGAGCAGAUUGGGGGUUCUGCUUCGGAGACCAUGCGUGGUGAGGAGAUGAUGCAGGGGGUGGAGAAGCGGGCUUUGGAGAGUGAAGUUUGGGGAGACGAGGGUACGAGCGAGCUGAGAGAUGCUGCUUGGCAGGUUGAGCUGAGUUCUGGGGGUGGCUUGUUUAUUCCAAAGGGCUGGUGGCAUAGUGUGAAGGGCGUGGGGGAUGGAAUGAUCGGAUCGGUGAAUUGGUGGUUUCGAUGAAAGGCGAUCCACGACGAUAUUCAACGAACUGAAACAGUCCCGUCACGCUUCGGAUUCCGGAGCGCUGGAAGUGGAGUCGCCCUCUGACUUCACUGUGUCACACAGUCCACGCAAGUGCACAACCCAGCGGGCAAUUGAUGAUUGGCAACGUAGACUGAGACUCGCGCUGGCGUGAGCCCAUGGUUGACGUGUAAGCAGCGCAGUCAAUUACCGCUCCAUGAAUGCAAUGUAAAACGUCACAACAAACAGUAGCAU